CGUUGGUCAGAGAGCGGCCCGACCUCCCUGUGACGUCACGAUAGGAGAAGAGAAUUCAGCGCGAGGUCAUUCGGCCUCUCCGAGCAGCCGGUCCAAGCCAAGCGGAGGCGCCAUCUUUACUACCCUGAGAGACUCGGCCAGCAGGCAGGACGCCACCAUGUACCCGACCGCUCUGACACAGAUGGCCCGGGCCAACCCGUUCAGCGCCCCGCUGUUCUCCCUCCAGAAGGUGGAGGAACCUCAACAGAGCCAGCAAGGGCAGAGGACCCGCACGCUGGCGGCCGCCUCCGCAGAAGACAGCUGCGCGUUUGGCUCCAAUAAGUACUAUGCCCUGUGUGGCUUUGGGGGUAUCCUGAGCUGCGGCCUCACACACACAGCGGUGGUGCCGCUCGACCUGGUCAAGUGCCGUCUGCAGGUGAACCCAGAUAAGUACAAGAGCAUCGGAAAUGGCUUCUCGGUGACAGUGAGGGAAGAUGGAGUCAGAGGUCUGGCCAAGGGCUGGGCCCCCACCUUCAUCGGGUACUCCAUGCAGGGACUCUGCAAGUUUGGCUUCUAUGAGGUGUUCAAGAUCUUCUACAGCGACUUGCUGGGAGAGGAGAACACUUACCUGUGGAGGACAUCACUGUACCUGGCCGCCUCAGCCAGCGCAGAGUUCUUCGCUGACAUCGCUCUGGCUCCCAUGGAGGCCGUCAAGGUCCGUAUCCAGACCAAGCCCGGCUACGCCAACACCCUCAGACAAGCCGUCCCCAAGAUGUUCGCCGAGGAGGGGAUCUGGGCUUUCUAUAAAGGUGUGGUUCCUCUGUGGAUGAGGCAGAUCCCGUACACCAUGAUGAAGUUCGCCUGCUUUGAGCGUACCGUGGAGACGCUCUACAAGUACGUCGUUCCCAGACCUCGCAACGAGUGCAGCAAAGGAGAGCAGCUGGUGGUCACCUUUGUGGCCGGUUACAUCGCCGGUGUGUUCUGUGCCAUCGUGUCUCACCCUGCUGACUCCGUGGUCUCUGUGCUGAACAAGGAGAGCGGCAGCACCGCAGCCCAGGUCCUCAAGAAGCUCGGACCAAAAGGUGUGUGGAAGGGUCUGGUCGCCCGUAUCAUCAUGAUCGGUACCCUGACCGCCCUGCAGUGGUUCAUCUACGACUCUGUGAAGGUCUACUUCCGCCUGCCCCGCCCCCCUCCCCCAGAGAUGCCGGAGACCCUGAAGAAGAAGCUGGGCCUCACCGAGUAAACCCCCUUCCUCCUCCUCCUCUUCAUCAUCCUCCUGUUCUUCUUCGUCCUCCACAGAGUCUCCUCCACCUCUGACCCUCCCGGAGCUCCACAGCGCACACAGCAGCAGUUUUCUAUAUUUAUGUUGUCGGCUCGCUCUCUGCUCAGAGCGCCGAGCUGCUUCUACUCCUGUAUAUUUAAAACAAGCGAGGAGACGACGGACCAGAAAUCUCCCUCUGUAGAAACACCUGUCUGGUUUUAUCAUUUCCUGUCAUUAGAAGAAUGUUGAAAUUCUAAUAAAAGAAUUAAACUCCCUGGGAAACGUC